AUGGAUGGUAUAAAUUACAGUUGUGCAUAUGAUAGCUUAUUUGUGAUUUUAUAUCAUAUUUGGAACAUAGAUCCUUCAAGGUGGACUACAAAUUUUACAGAGAUCAACCAAGAUUAUUUAGGUGCACUGGCAGCUGGUUUCAACAAGGUGCUUGAAGGAACACUUACUUUAGAAAAUGUAAGAGAUGAACUUAGACAUGAUCUUCAUAAUUUAGAUCCUAUCAAAUUUCCUAUGGGCAAAACAGGAGCUAGUGUUGGACAACUUACAUUUGAAAUGCUUAAGCAUGAAGAAAAUAAUGCAGUGGCUGAAAUAAUAUGUUCAGACUGUGGAAAUGCAUAUGAAGUAGAUGAUACACUGGGAUAUGUUCUACAUGCAUCUGACCCUAUACCAGCAUCAACUUCAAAAUGGAUAGGAUCAAUUCAGAAGCCAUCUACAGAAAUAUGUGGGGGUUGCUCAGGUGAAAUGAUUGAGCAUGUAUCCUAUGCAGAGGUUCCAAAGAUUAUCAUCCUGGAGUACCCAUACUGUAAUACUGAAACUAGUCACAAGGUAAAGUUUGUAGUAAAUGGAGAAGAAGUUUUACUGAGCCUGAGAGGGAUCAUAUACCAUGGGGAUAAUCAUUUCACCUCUAGAGUUUUUUCAUAUGAAGGUAAAGUUUGGUUCCAUAAUGGGAUAACCACCAAAAAUAAGUGUAUAGAAGAUGGGCAGCUAGAUGAUAAAAGCAAUAAUGAUCUUAGAUACUAUCAAGAUCAGGAACUUGUUUUGGCUGUAUAUUCUCAACUUUAA